CACCUCCGAACCCACAACUUCACCAUUCUCGAUCAAACCGCACCGCAUUGCUACGUCCCGCUCUGCCUCUUCUACCCCAACACUUCUUCUUCUACGCAACAGCGCUCGCUGCUUACCGAGAGCCUCAAGGGUUCCCUCGCCAAAACCCUCAACGUCUACUACCCGCUCGCGGGCCGGUACAGAGACGCCUUCGCCGUCGACUGCAACGACGCCGGGGCCGAAUUCGUCAAUGCCCGCGUCGUCGCCGGCUCCAUGUCCGACGUCGUCCUGCAGGCGCCGGACGACGACGUUUUGGUGCCGCUGCUUCUAUGCCGCCCGCGUGGCCGACACGUGGACUCGGAGGGCGAGCUGGUGCUCCUGGCCGUCCAUGUCAGCUUUUUCGACGGCUGCGGAGGGGUGAGCAUCGGGGUGUGCGUGUGGCACGGGCUCGCCGAUGCCUGCACGCUCGCCUGCUUUCUCGCCACGUGGAGCGGAUUCGCGAUGCAAGAUUCCGGGGGCCGCACCGUUAGGGAAGGAGAUGGUGACACCGCCGUUGUUGAGGAUUGCACUGUCGUGUUUCCUCCCGCGGACCUUUCCGUACACGGCGAAUGCAUGGAGAGGUUUCGAGCGGCGGUGGCCACUCCCGGCACGAGAACCAAGAGGUUCGUGUUCGAAGGCGGCAAGAUCGCGGCUCUCAGGCGGGGAAUCGAGGAGAGCAGCUGGCGGCAGCCGCUAGUUGCGGAGCCUAAGAUUUGA